AUGACGGCUGAGAAACAAGAACAAUCUUAUAUAAAUGAUUUAUCACCAGCAAUUAUCGAUAACAAGACAUCAUUAAUAUUUAAUAAUUCACAUUAUUCAAAAAUAAUUAAAUAUAUUCAUUUAAUCUUAUUAUUAGAUUUUCUUUUACAUUAUUCAAUUGCCGUUGAACUAGGUGCAUUAGAAUUAAUUAAACGUCUAUUCAUAUCUCAUCCAUCAAUACCACUAAAUAAUUCAACAAUUGAAUUAUGUCAUUUACCAAUUCGACAAUAUAUUCCCUUUACCCUUAAUGAAAUGAGUCCAUAUAUUCUAUUUUUGUCUAUUAUCACAUUAUUUAUUGCAUUCGGAUCUUUUCGUAUAAAGUCCAUUCUUCUAUAUCAAAUUUAUUUAAUAUUAAAAUUUUUAUUUUUUAUUUUUUCAGUGUAUCUGUUAGCAAUUUAUACAUUAGUAAGUUUACAAUCCGAUUUUAUUUUAUCAUCGAUAACAAUGAUAUUACCCACAUCGUCAAUAACGGAAGAUGAAAGAAAUUUUAUCAAUAUUGACAGAUGUUUAACUCAUGCAAAAACAAAGUUAUCAGCGUACAUUUUUUCUGUAUUAAAUUCGAUUAUAUUGUUUAUAGGCAUUGAAUUUCAUGAUUUAUUUAAAAUUAUAUAA